AUGUUGACUUGUAAUUCUGACGACGAGGUUUCCCAAGAAGCCAUGAAAAUGGUGGAUCUGGUGGAGAACCUUGUAGCCGCCUCCGAUAGAGUAGCCCGCAACGACUACGACCAAGCCGCCGCGCUUCUCAAGGAGUGCAAGAGGUCCUGUUCCGCAGCAGGAAACGCCAUCCAGAGGUUGGUUUUCUAUUUCUCGGAAGCCCUGCAAGAAAGGAUGAUCAAUUCGCAAACCCCACGCCCACCAGCUGGAGGUUGGUCUUCAUCUUCAUCUAGUGUAGAUAGGCACAUCCAUCAGCUAGCGAGUUGCCUUCCGAUGGGCGUAGCAUCACAAUUCGCCGGGGUACAAUCCAUCGUGGACGAGGUCACCACCGGGGGGCCCAAAAGGAAAAGGGUUCACAUCAUCGACCUCUCCCUCAGAAACGGUGCUCAAUGGACCAUCCUCAUGUCGGCCCUAGCUGCUUCUUCCUCUCCACCUCAACGUCUCAAGAUUACUGCCGUCGGUUCUAGGCAGAAGCAGAUGAUGGAGGAAACGGGCAACAGGCUAGCCAGUUUCGCCGCGACCUUGAACAUGCCCUUCUCCUUUCACAUAGUCAUGGUAUCAGAGCUCUCCGAUCUCAAGGCUGACUACGACGAUGAAGAAGAGGAGGAAGCCGUGGCGGUGUACUUGGAUUACGUGCCGAGGAAGCUGAUUAGGUCACCAACCGAAUUCGACAAACUCAUGGGAACGAUCAAGAGCAUAGAUCCUGAUGUGGUGGUGGUGACCGAGGUGGAGGCCAACCACAACUCCCCGGCGUUUGGGUCCCGCUUCAUGGAGGCGCUCUACUUCUUCAACGCCUACUUGGACGCGACCCAGGCCUACUUCGAUCAUGACUGCAACUGCAGGAUGGCUGUGGAGUCGGUGUACUGUGGGGAGAGCAUAAGGAACAUUGUGGCCUGCGAGGGGGAAGAGAGGGUCGUGAGGAACGUGCCACUUCGAGCCUGGAGGCUCUUCUUCAAGAGGUUUGGAAUGGUGGAAGUUGAGAUGAGCUCGUCUUGCUUCCACCAGGCCAGGCUUGUCAUUCACAAUCACAAUAUUAUUAAUGCUGGGUGCCGGGAUUUGUGUACGGUGGAGAGGGAUGGUGACAAGAGCUUGGUUCUUGGAUGGAAAGGCACUCGCCUGCAUUCGGUUUCUGCUUGGAAGUUCACCACAUAG